UAGAAUAGCAUUCAAUUCGAAACUGAAAUUAAACAUUCAGAGUAUAAAGGCGUCCUAUCCUGCAUGUUUGCACAAAGGAGAGGACAGAAGAGACAUUGUGUACAUCUCUCGCUUUCCAGUUUCAAGGGGACCAUCUGAAGAAGAAAAAUGGGUUAUGCAAACAUAAAGGAUGUUAAAACUACUGGUGCCUCUGGGAGAACAGCUCAGCAAGACACGCUGGGAUACUCAGGUGUGAGGGCAUCUCACGCCCUGGCAGAGACUGAUGCCGGCAGAAUGGAAAAGUACAGGUCUAAAAUCAAGUCAGUGGGAAGUCAAUGUGGAGUUGAACCAGCUCUCAUUGCUGCUAUCAUCUCCAGAGAGACCAGGGCUGGAAGUGAACAUGUAUUACAUAACGGCUGGGGAGACUAUGACUCAGCCAGAGGAGCAUAUAACGCCUGGGGACUGAUGCAGGUUGAUGUUAAUCCAAAUGGAGGUGGACACAAAGCAGUUGGUGAAUGGGACAGUGAGGAACACCUGCGCCAAGCCACCGGAAUCUUGGUUUAUUUUAUCGAUCGUAUCCGCAACAAAUUUCCUAACUGGAGCAGAGAGCAGCAGCUGAAAGGAGGGAUAGCAGCCUACAAUCAGGGGGAUGGAAAUGUUCACUCCUAUGAUAACGUGGAUGAAAACACAACUGGUGGAGACUACUCCAAUGAUGUUGUUGCCAGAGCUCAGUGGUACAAAAGCAAUAAAAACUUUUAAACCUGCAGCUGCCCACAAGCUCCUAAAAUCAUAUGUGAAACAUUGUAAUGUUUAUCAAAACUUAAGUUAAAUAAACAUAAUGCAAAACAAAACCAUGUCUGUAAUGAGUGCAAUAUGAAAAAACAUCCAGACGUUUUUCAGUGUCCUUCAA